UUGGUUUUUGAUUGAGCCUUGCAUCUAUAAAAUGAUCCGGGUUUCAAGAGCCAAGUCAGCUGCCAAUAGGAACGAAGAAGUGUUGACACCUGCACGCACAUCAGUGAGGCAGCUGCUACAGCCAAUUGAUGAGUUCUUUCUUUUCCUGGUUUUCCUGUCAGUUGGUUUGAAGGAGAGGGACCUGGCACACCAAUUUAACAUACACCAGUCCACAGUGAGCCGCAUUAUUGCAACAUGGACAAAUUUUCUUGCCACUGCACUGGGGUCUCAAUGCAUCUGGCUUACACGUGAAGAAGUGCAAGCUUACCUCCCUGAGGAAUUCAAAGAUUUCUCAGACACCCAGAUGAUCCUUGACUGUACAGAGCUGAGGUGUCAGACACCAUCCUCACCACUUCUCCAAAGUGAAAUGUACUCUUUGUACAAAUCCCACUGUACGAUGAAAGCCCUGGUUGGCAUAGCUCCACAUGGUCCAGUGACAUUCAUCUCUAAUCUGUAUGCUGGUUCGGUUAGUGACAAGGAACUAUUCAAACAAUCAGGCAUUGCUGAGAAGUUGACUGAAGACAUCGCAGUGAUGGUAGAUAAGGGCUUCCUAAUCACCAAUUGUUGUAAAUGCAAAGUGUACUGCCCACCUUUUCUAUCUAAGCAGAAGCAGAUGCCAGCAUACCAGGUUAAGGAGACGCAGGCCAUAGCCAGACUCAGGGUACAUGUGGAGCAAGUCAUUAGAAGGAUAAAACAGAACAAACUUUUUGAUAGCAUUAUUACCAUGUCACAUGUUUACAAUAUCAACCAAAUGUUUGCAAUAGCAUGUAUGCUGUCAAAUUACCAGAACACAGCAUUAGUUAAAAAAUGGGUUAAGUGAGACAAGAUGCACUUUUCCCAAGACACCAGUGCCAGUACAAGGAACUUAUGGAAAAUGACCUGCAGCUGAGGCCACUACAGUUGCAUUUCUUCCUUGACAAAACUUGAUUACAGAACUGGUACUUGAGUGCUGAUAGUUGAGUUCCAGUUAUUGAUAAUUCUAAUUCAUUGCAAAUGUUGAAUGUUAAUAAUACUGUUUAAUUAUACUACUAUAUUACUAUUCAUAUUCAACAAAAUUGUUUAUCAAAAUUAUAAAGUAAAUUACUAAAUCGUUUUAAAAUCAUAAGUGACAUUGUGCUUUUGUAACAUCCAAAAUACCAUUUGUCAUUUUCUUCAUUCAGUUGUGUUAUUGUCUAAAUGUAUGUCAGUAUGCUAGGCAUGGAUUUUUAAAUACUUACCAUGUAAAUAAGUUCUGCACAAAUUCCAUGUUUUAAUGUGUGUUUUUAAAAAAUGAAAUUGAUGCCAUUGCUUAAAUAACAGUUUAUUGAUUUCACAUAAAAGUAACAUGUAACAACAAGUAACAACAAAAAAAUUCAUGAAAUACUUUGCAAAUAAAACAUCAGUUAUUUUGUUCCAGCCAGCCUGAAGGAUCUGUUUUCCUUUUUGCUAUGUUUUCACUGUUCAUUUUUCCAAACACAGGUAUCUUGGCAUAUAUAUGUAAAAAAAAGAAGUAGUCAGCCUUUUCUCUGAUUGCAUUGUGCACAUCUGUAUCCAUGUAUAUUCUUUGUACUAGGUAGUCCUCUUGUGCCCACACAACAAAGUCACACCACUGCAUCCCACUGAUGAGCAGUUGUCCUUGCACUUGCCAGUAAUAUGCGUGACUCUUUUUUAGUUUAGGGGUACCACAUUCCAUCUGCACAUAUUUGCAGUCAAUAAAGUUUUGUACAUUGGGACAUUUGAAUUCGACAAGGCCAAACUGGGGGUAUUCAUUGGGGUCAAAAACAACACCAUCAGGAGAUGCAGCAAGCCAGGGGGCAAUGGGGUGAAUGACCAGACCACAGGGUGAGUAGUUAACAUUCAUUAGCCUACUAUACUCUGCUGCUAUUGCAGGCUCCAUCUCAGUUCCUCUCCUCAUGUCUGCUGUCUGACUUGUUCCCUUCAAUAUACGCUCUGCUAGUGACUCUGCCGAGCUCUGGCCUCUGACGUGACACACCUCCCGAAACCUAGAGGCAGUCAAUCUGGGC